GUUAGUUGUCUCGUUACUUUCGUUAGCUGUCAACUUCAAAGCAAAUUCCUUCUUUUAUAAAGUCGCAAGUGUUGACGGCGGCAGCAACUGCUUCUGUGUUUGCGAGUGCACCAUAACGACACCAUGGCCGACUUAGAUGAUUUCUUCGCCAAGAAAGACAAGAAGAAGUCCAAGGCCAAGCCAAAAUUCUUAACUGCAGAGGAACUGGUUAAGAACUUAGAACGCGAGGCGGCAGCUGCUGCGGCUAUAGCCAAAGCAAAAAAGUUGGAAGCAGCCAACGCUGCACCGACUGUUGCACCAGGUGCUCCUGAGGAACCAAUCGUUGUUAAGCAGGUGGUGGAACAGCCGCAAGCUGAAGAAGAAUGGGAUGAUUUUGAGCAAGAGCAACGUAAAGAUUAUACAGGUCUGAAAAUUGGACAACUUACGGUAAACGACGAUGAUGACGAGAGUGCUGGCGAAGGUGAAGAAGACGAAGUGGAUAGUGAUGGUAACGUGACUGUCGAAAAUAAUACCUCGAAGCGCAGUGGCGGUGGACCAUGGAAAAAGGUUAUUCCUGCUGAGGAAGUAACACAAAUUCCGAUGGAAAUAGAAAAACCGAAGUCAACUGUUUAUAUUUCACCUGCCCUACGAGCAGCGCAAGCGGGAGCAGCGCCUGGGCCGCGCUUGAAGGCGCGCAAUCGAGCAGCACCUGACAUUACUAACGCAGAGUACUUCCCUUCAUUAAGCGCCGCACGGCCGGAAGAGCAAAGAAAAAAGAAAAAUGAGCCAGCAUUUGAGGAAGUUCGACACGGUGGCCGGUUGCAGCGCAUCCACGAGCCAGUUUCGGCGCCCGUUUCGGCAGCAAACCGUUUCCAGUCGCUGGACGAGGAAGACAGCUAGAAAGCAGAGGGUCGCCGACGAAACAGUCACUUCUAUUUGGAUUCGUUUUUUUUGCCAAUUGUUUUCUAGAAGAGGAUGUAGAAGUCUGUCUGUAUUGAAUGUAUUGUACGCUUUGUAUCUACAACAUUUUUUUUUCUUCCUUUUUUGUAAUCUCCAUCAGAGCAUUUUAUUUUAGCGAUUUUUAUACUUUAUUAAUUGGAGUGCGGGAUUGUGGUACCUGACGCGGCCACCACUCUUCAUAAAUGUCCGGGAACUGCCGCUUCACAAUAGAAAUUAUAUUUAAUUAAUGGUAGGGACAGAUUAGCUUCAAACUACUUUCCGCAAAAACUAUUUAUUAAGUGGGAAAUCAACAGAAAAUAAAAUAUAUAAUGAAGUAAACUGCUAUAAAACGAA